AUGGGCCUGCUAAACAGAGCGGAGAAGAGGAAAGCGGCGGAGGCGUCUGGAUUUGACGAGACUGCCCUUGCUCAGUUAACGUCUGAGAUCGACAAGUCCCUCUCGCAGGCGGAAGCGCCAGCCACCAAGCGAAAGAAACAACGAAAUGCCAAUGACGGCGCAGUUUUGAAGACGCGUGAGGCUGGCCCUGCAGUCGCAAAUUUCCAAAACGGACCGGACGGGCAAAAGAGCAAGCAUUCGAGCAAUUCAAAAUCCAGUGCUCUUCUCGCCGAAAUUCUUGUCCUCGGUGGGGAUCAAGACGACUUUGACCUCGUCGCCAACAUCGAUUCAAGCGAUGAGGAUGGGCAGAACCUCAAGCCGGAAGCGUUACGAAAUGCCCCCGUCGACAAGGCCUUCAGAGACGAGCUUGCAGAGUUUGCAUUGAGCCUAGGGAUUGGCAACGCGCCCCAGGAUGACGACAUAGAUUCUGACGCAUCCGAAGAUUCAUUCGAAGCUGCAGGCGAAGAAGAUGAAGAGCAAGAGCAAGAAGCAGAGAAGGCCAGGCGCGAUGCUAGCCCUCCACUGAAGGAAACACGCGGAGCAAAGCACUUAGGGAAGCUGAUAUUCAAGCCCCGGCCUGAUUGGCAUGGUGUUAAUGUGGAAGAGCUCCCCUCGAAUGCUCCCGACAACACAAAGCCGUAUUCAUCUUCUAUUGUCAAUCUGAAGACAUACGCCGAAAAGCUCCUGGAUGAAGACUCUGCUAACUACAGCGCAAUGAAGUCUUCGCUUUCGACCCAAAGGUUCAUGUCCACAAUAAUGCUGUCUGGCACGCUAUCGGACAAGGUAUCUGCCUUGACUCUUGCAAUCCAGGAGUCUCCACUCCAUAACCGCAAGGCCUUCGAGAGUCUCGUAAACCUGGCCGGCAAGAAGAGCCGUGGCCAAGCGAUUGCCGCCUUAGGCGCUCUUGUGGAUUUGCUAGGUAAUGGGGCAGUGCUCCCUGGCGACCGCCGCCUCUGCCCUUUCAACGCAGAGCCUGCGUUACUGGGCUCCUUGGACGGCCGUGGAAGCUCGCCUUGGAUGCACGGACAAAAGCUCCCGGGAAAGCUGACCAUGCCGCACUUGAUGAUGUGGGCAUACGAAGACUGGCUUAAGGGCGCAUACUUUCGGAUCAUCCAGCUUCUCGAGAUCUGGUGCUCGGAUGAGAUCGAAUAUUCAAGGUCAAGAGCUUUGGAUUUUAUUUAUGGACUUCUCAAAGACAAGCCAGAGCAGGAGGCAAAUCUGCUUCGGCUUUUGGUGAACAAGCUUAGCGACCGAGAACGCAAGAUUGCUUCACGAGCGUCGUAUCUUUUGCUUCAGUUGCUCAACGUGCAUCCGGGGAUGAAGGGCAUUGUCAUCAGCUCUAUUGAACAGGAGGUCCUCUUGAAACCUGGCCAGAGCCUACGCACCAGAUACUAUGCGAUCAAUACGCUGAACCAGACAAUUCUGAGCAGCAAAGAACCGGCUGUAGCGGAUACUCUGCUGCGGAUAUACUUUGAGAUAUUCCUCUCCCUCCUGAAGAGCGGGUCCUUAGGAGGUCUUGACGUUCAAGAUAAUAUCAAAAAUUCUAGUGCCAAGAAGUCUGAUGGGGACCGGAAGAACAAGAAACGGAAAGUUCAUGGCGCAGCGGACGCACCGACAAACGAGCAGGAAACGGCCCAAAAGCUCGUUUCCUCCUUGCUCACAGGCGUCAACAGGGCUGUGCCCUUCACCGAUGCCGACGAUUCCACCCUGGAGAAACACCUGGAUACCCUUUUCCGAAUAACUCACUCGUCAAACUUCAAUACCAGUGUACAGGCACUGAUACUUAUCCAACAGCUUGCCGCAUCAAAGCACCUGGCCGUGGAGAGAUUCUAUCGAACUCUAUACGAAUCACUUUUGGACCCUAGACUCGUCACAUCAUCCAAGCAAGCCUUGUAUCUCAAUCUUCUAUUCCGCUCACUAAAGAAUGAUGUGGAUGUCCGGCGUGUCAAGGCGUUUGUCAAAAGACUGCUUCAGGUAUUGAACCUUCACCAGCCAUCAUUUGCCUGCGGAAUUCUGUUCCUCAUUGCCGAGUUGGAGCUCACUUUCCCCAACCUCUACGCGCUUCUGACCGUACCCGAAGACAAUGGCGACGACAGCGAGGAGGUGUACCGGGAUGUAACAGAAAACCAGUCUUUACAUGACGUCACCUCCCAGGAAGUGGCCGCAACGACAAGCAGCCGGCGUAUUGCGGGCUACGACGGCCGAAAACGUGAUCCCGAACACAGCAAUGCUAACCGAAGCUGUCUUUGGGAGAUUAUCCCAUUUCUCUCCCAUUUCCAUCCUUCAGUGUGUGUGUUCGCUGCCAAUCUACUCGCCCAGCAAAAGACACUUCCCAAACCGGAGCUGGCAAACCACACCCUGAUGCAUUUUCUGGAUAAGUUUGUUUACCGCAGCCCCAAGGCCGCCGAUACCAAGCGGAGUGGUUCGAUUAUGCAGCCAGUGCUUGGCUCUGGUGGCCCUGCGCAUGCUGGCAACUUGAGCAGCGCCAAUGCAAGAAAAGUGCCUAUUGUCAAUUCGGCUUCAUUCUGGAACCUGAAGCCGGAGCAAGUUUCGGCAGAAGACGCAUUCUUCCACGAGUACUUUGCCCGGGUGGGCAAGCCCCAGGAAGAGGCGAGGGCCAAGAAGAGAGAAACCGACGGGGCUGAGUCCGAUGAAGGGUCAGAACAGGAAAUUUGGGAGGCCCUUGUCAACUCACGGCCGGAUGUGGAAGGAGGCGAUGGCGAUGACGACUCUGAGCCAGAUAUGGGGGGCUACGAUUCUGACAGCGAUCUGGAUCUCGAUGACUCUGGCGACGAGAUGGUGGGUGUCGGAGAGGAGAGCCCCAAUGGGCACAUGUCUUUUGAGGGGGUGUUUGAUGAUUCGCAAGACGACGAGCCCGAGUCCGAGGAGGAUGAUGCUGAAGUUGCGGAGCCAAAGGGGAAGAAUGACGAAGGCAGACGCAGGAGGAAGGAGAUGAAAGCCCUCCCAACAUUCGCAUCGGCUGAUGACUUCGCCGAAAUGCUAGCCGCUGAAGAUAGUGGCUUGGACGACCAAUGA